ACCAUAGUAUGUUCCAGUCUGGGGUGUCACUAUAGAAGUAUUUAAAUGGUUUCCGCCCUCUGCGUUGACUAGUACUCAUUUAUUUGCUUCGUCCAAGGGCAGAACGGAGAGAAGCUUGUCGUCUUUCAGGUACCGAAGUAGAUGUCCAGUCGAUAACGCCUUUCCUCACCGAAGAUAUUUUGUUACAAGCAAUAAUGGCACGCUCAAGUCAAGAUGGCGAAAUCGAAGCUGAUGAUGCAUGGUCAUCCAUGCCUAAUCGUGUGAGUUCCUUCCAGCACUUCCCCCGUUCUGGAGAAUUGUCAGCCCAGCGCCUGGCCCGGGCAGGCUUUUAUUUUACAGGUCAGGCAGACAGGGUGCGCUGUUUUAGCUGCCAUGCGACAGUGGAAGACUGGAACCGAGAGGAUGCCCCAUUGAAGAGACAUCACCAAGCAUCUCCCAACUGCACGUUUCUUAGCUGUGCUCAUGGUAUGAGAGCCUCAGACUUCAUUCAAAGGCCUACCUAUGACGAAGAGGCUGAAGCCAGGGAGUUCCAGCUCCGCACAGGAGAGGUGAUGGAUGAGACCAUUUAUCCCGUUGUGCCGCACAUGAAGAGCGAGGAAGCUCGGCUGAAUACUUUUAGUGAGUGGCCUGCAGAUGUUCCAGUUCGACCUGAAGACCUGGCGGCGGCGGGGAUGUAUUACUUGGGAACAAAUGACAUUGUGAAGUGCUUCUGUUGUGGGCAGGAGCUGGCAGGUUGGGAGCCAGGCGACGAAGCCUGGGGCGAACAUGCAAAGCACUACCCGAACUGCUUCUUCAUCUUAGGCCACGAUGUGGGCAAUGUGCCGCUGACAACACCAAGGCCCAGGGUGAAUGAUCAGAGAGCCUCUGUGGAGUCUUUUGAGGGGCGUCUUGAAACCUUCAGAGGCAGACAGCAUCCCAUAGACCCCGAGAGACUGGCCAGAGCUGGUUUCUACAGCAGAGGGGAACAGGACCAUGUGCUCUGCUUCAGAUGUGGAGGAGGACUGAAAGGGUGGAGGCCUGAUGAAGACCCUUGGGAGGAGCAUGCUAGGCACUAUCCAGGCUGCAGUUUUCUUCUGGCAGAAAAGGGAGGAGAAUAUGUCAACAGCAUGCAGCUGAGACAUCCAAAAGGAGACCAUUCAAGAUCAAGUCAGAAUGGUUUUUCAAGUGACAAGGAAGCAGCACAGAACGUCCUGCAGUCAAAGAUUGCACAAAAGGCUGUAGAUAUGGGUUUUGACCCCAUCAAAGUGGAGCGCACCAUUCUGCAGAAGCUACGUCAGAACACUGAGGGUUAUACUUCAGUAGAGGACCUUAUUCAAGACCUCAGUCCCGACGUCACACCUGAGAAAGCUGAGGACCCCAUGACAAAACUUGAGAAACUCCAGAGGGAGAAGCUCUGUAAAGUCUGCAUGGACAGCGAUAUUAACAUCGUCUUCAUUCCCUGUGGACACCUGGUCACCUGUCAGGAAUGCUCCGAACCCCUGAACAAGUGUCCCAUCUGCUGCGCCACCAUCACGCAGAAGAUCAAGACCUACAAUGCCUGAAAGACAGAGACGCCAACACUCCAAAAGAAAUACUGAUACUUAUUCAAAGUGGCAGAAUGUAAUCAUUCCUAAAAUUGCACAUAGAUGUGUGAAAAAAAAUUUAAGCUGUGUGUGUAUAUAUGUAGACUUGCAUAUGUAGAUGUUGUUUUAUUUUUUUUUAACAAGACUUCAAAAUAACGAGCUGUACAUAGACGUUUGGUUUUCGAUCAGGGCAGGGAUACACUACAUAAUUUAACUUGUAAUGUAUUGCAGAACAUGACAUCUUGAAUAGAAGUUCUAUUUAGCUGCUUUCCUCAAAUAGUCCGAUUCAUGUGAAUCACAAUAGUGCCUUUUAUGUAGUCUACUUUUUAACAUUUUAAUUGUUCGAUUAUGUUUUUAACAUAAUCAUGUUUCACACCUUACAUUUGAUCACUUAUUUAUUUAUUAUAAAAUAAUUGCUUGAGGCUUUAAAUCAAGGUUCAUUUAAACUUCACCAGUCCAGGUUUGUUUGUUUUUUUUCUAUACCAUUCUGUUCUCACAGUUCCUUUUUUAAUAAUGAUUUUAUCAUCCAUUAUGACAAUAAAAGUGGACUUCACUGUG